GCUUUAUCAAUCGCACUGAGACAUUUUGUUCAUCACUUGGAUCUCCCGAGCUGUUAUCCGGAUCUGUUUUUUUUAUUUUCUGUGAUGGGGGCAGCGACGGAGGUUGGGAGCUUCGUCAACGGAUUUCUGGACAGCUUUGGCUCCGCUGGUGCCGCUCCGGCUCCCGUAGGCUCUCAUUUCGUGCUCACCCCAGCCGGGGCGGUGGACUACAACUCUGUGGGCGGACUUAUGAUGGGGGUACAGGGGCAGCAGCAGGAGCACCUGGUGUCCGCGGAAAGGCUGUCCCGGAGCCUAGCGGACCUCAGUCAUCUAAAGGGGAUCCUGAGACGGCGGCAGCUCUACUGCAGGACCGGGUUUCACCUGGAGAUCCGACCUGAUGGCACUGUGCAGGGCACCAGGAAGGACCACAGCAGAUUCGGUAUUUUGGAGUUCAUCAGUCUGGCUGUAGGACUGGUUAGCAUCAGAGGCGUGGACAGUGGUCUUUACCUCGCCAUGAACAGCAGGGGGGAACUUUAUGGAUCAGAGAAGCUGUCAGCAGAGUGUGUUUUUAGGGAACAGUUUGAAGAGAACUGGUACAACACUUACUCGUCAAACAUUUACCGACAUGGAGAAAAAGGUGCAUUUUACUUUGUUGCUCUGAACAAAGAUGGGACUUCCAGAGAUGGAACAAGGUCGAGGAGACAUCAAAGGUUCACUCACUUUCUACCGAGGCCUGUAGACCCUGAGAGAGUACCAGAGCUGUACAGAGACAUCCUUGGACAGAGCUGAGACUAAAGGGACCAAACCUUGACUCAGUCAAAGCCAGUGUGAGCUCAAAAGCAGCCCAAGUGCACAUAAUACGACUCCUUCUUUGGGAGUGCGAAGCUCUUGUUGGACUAGAGGGAACAGGAUGUGCACCAAAUCACUCCUCAGUGGUGGCAUAGAGGAAGGAAGGGACCCUCUGGAAAACAGACUGUGGAGUUUGGCUAAAUGCAAACACAGAUCUCCAAGGAGAGAUGUGAAGGCCCCAUUAUGGAAGGAGAUGCUACCUUUCCCCUAUUAUUGUCCUAUGCAGAGGCCAUGGUGGCCAACAGAUUAUUUUGCUACUUACUGAGUCCAAAUAUCUGCAAGCCCAAAGUGCAUGUACAAGCAGACAGAGAGUGGGAACAAAGGGUACAAGUUAAACCAGGCUGCUUGUUAUUUCUACACAUGCUGAGUCAAGCCAGCUAUUUUCAGUUGGUCUUUUAAUAUAAUUCAAUUUGGCUGCUAAGUAAAUGAUUAUUUAAAAACACAUUAUCACCAACACAGAGUGGCUGGUUUACACAUAAAGGUAGUUUUAUGCACUGGAAGGCGGACAUGUCUGUUUGGGGAAUCAGGUUUAAGAGAUAAGAGAGUCAUGAAAGUUGGAGUAGCGGAUGGAAUUCCUUUGAAACCGCUCCAAAGACGAUGCUGCUCAGAAAAGGUGACUUUUUCUACAAGCUGCAUGAGGAACAAGAGAAGAAGAAAAGAUUCAGUGAAAGAUUUUUUAUGAGGACUUCUGUUGUGGAAUACCAUUGGAACUCUAGAGACGUGUUCUAGAACCCUGUGAAGGAAUUCUGUUGUUCCAGCAGACUGACGGACAGAGACACCUUUACACAC